AUCGAGGUCUAAAAAAAACAAAAAAAACACUCCCACGCACUGGCUUCGUACCCCGCGCUUCGGUUUUCGGCUUUAGAGAUUCGAGGCAGCCGAAGCUGUGAAACUCAUCGCUCAACUGUUAAACCCUAGGCCAACCAAACCCCUUUCUCUCUUCAGUUCCCUUAAGCCCUAGCCCAACCAAGCCCCUCUCUCUCUCUCUCUAGUUGUGAUAAAAAACAGAGAUGGAGGAGUUUUUGUAUACUGAUAUCGAAUCUUUAUGUGCAAAACUCAAGUAUCAAGAAAAGCAGCUCAAACUCAAAAGAAGGUGGUUGAUGGGACUACCUUUAUCUGAUUAUGAACAAAAGCAAUUAAACAGAUUGAAGUUUCAAGAAAACAAGACUUUACCUGAAUCAUUCCUUAGGGAAGAUGAUGUGUACUAUGAGACCAUCAAAGCUUUUGUUGAAAAGGGAUUUCGGGCAUGCAAUUUAUAUCAUGUAGAUCAAGAUAAUAUACAAAUGUUUGAUUUGCCCAAUGAUUUAGGAAAUCUUCUCUCGAUGCUUGAUGACAUGACCAACAAUGGACUUCAACUUAUAGCUGAGAUACUGACAGGUGGCUCAAUUAAGUUUGGGAAAAUCCGGUGGAAGAUGAAAAAGAUCAUCAAAGAAUGUCUUCCAGAAGUACUUGGAAACUUGAAAGGUAGCUACAAAAUAAACAUAGCGGAACAACUAUGUCAACUUCUCAGGAACUCCCACAAUUUCCGUAGAAAUCGUUCUCCACUUUUGACUCCUGCAUCCCAAUCCUACCAUGCUGCUGCUACUAAGGUACUGGAUGGACUUGAGGACAUGCCUUUCCAGACUUUAAGCGCAAUGCACAGGAAACUCAGAGGUAUCCAGGGAUAUGUGCCCCAGUUGCGGACCUCAAAAUCUGGAUGGGGACGAAGCAUUUUAAUCGCUCAAGUGAGGAAAAGUUGUAUGAUGAUGCUAUCAGAACUUGGUGAAGAGAAUAAAUUGCAGGAACCACUAGCCAAAGCAAUGGCAGUUGGGGGCUUAUGGACAAAGCUAAUACAAGGAUGUCCCUUCGUAACAGAGUUUCAGCAAUUCUCACCAGAAGAUGAAGCCUUGCAGAAUGAGAUAGCAAAGGCAAUAUGGCUUCUAAAAGAGAAGGUGAGAUUUCCAGAGUUGAAGAAUUUGCAAUUGUUGCUGGACCCAAAGGCUGAGUUAUCAAAUAGGAGUUUACAAACAGCAGUAAAGAACUUGUUGACAGAGUAUCUUUUUGAAUGCAGUGAUAUGGACACCAUUCCAGACUAUCUAUUAGAAACACUUUGUAUCAUCAAUAGAACCUCUAGGACUGCUCCUUACAGAUUUUUUUCGAAGGAGGAAAAAGAAGAAGAGGUAGAACAUGUAUUGAAUGUGAGUUCUCAGAUAAAGCAUAUUUUGUGGGACUUGCUUCCUGAAUAUGAGUUUGACGAAGAUUUUGCAGAUGCAUACAUGGAAUAUUUAGAAGAAAGUGAUGAUGGUGAUGAUUAUGAUGAUAAUGACAGUGAUGAGAAGCAAGAAGAGUUAUUCCAUCAAAAUAACUUGUUUCAUCCUAGUGAGCUAUAUGGCCAAACAGAAACUAUUGGGGAGACAAAUCCAACUAAUUUCGGGUGGGCUGCCUCUACCAUUAAAAGGAAUGGCUCUUCCCUGGUUCUUACACCCAACAGAAGGUUAAACAUUAAUUCUCUUGAGAGAGUUGAGCCUGAGCCUGUUACAAGAAUGGAUUUAGUAGAUUCUGAUGCUUCUGCUUCUUUGUCUUCAUGUUUUGAAUUUGGCAGCUUAGAUAAUAUGGAAGAAAACCAGUUCCAUGUAAGUGUGGGGAAUUCAGAACUGAGGGAUUACCAUGUUGAGAGACAAGAACCUACAGUUGAUCCAGAAAACCCCCCAGAUUUUGUUUCUUUGAACUUUUUAUGUGACCGAAAUUUUAUGCAUGACGAGCUGAACAUGAGUAGAAACCAAUACCUCAUUCUCCAAGAAGCCUGUGACAAGACAAGUAUAGUGGCUUAUUGUCUCAUUGGUUGUGUAUUGGAUAAGUUGGCACAAAUAGAAGGUUUGGGUUUAGACACGGGUGAUAUAUCAUAUCUCAGAGGCGAUUAUUCAAUUCGAAAAGAUUCUGGAGUUGCAAACGAAGAGGUGAAUGGUUCAGUUAUUGUCCAAGUGCUUGAAGAGCUAUUACCUUCAUUUCCUGAAAGUGGGAAGGAGAGAGUAAAGGAGUUGAUGGGCUUGAACUAAUUUUUUUCUUUGGUUGUGGCUUGAUGUACCUUCUCAGUUUGCACACUUUGAGGUUAGUUGGCAUUCUUUAAAGUAGCUUCUCAGCUCCACUUGUUAACAAAGAAGGAUUUUUGCAACUCCAUCUGUUUCGGUUGAUUAAGAUAGAUUGCAUCUCCUGUGCCAGAUAAAUUGGGAUAUAUUUUUGUGCAGUAGAUAUAUAGCUAAGGUGGUUCAAAAUUUGGAUUGAAUGUCAAUUUAUUCAUUGAAAGAGGGUCUAGUUCUAUGGUUGUUAACAUUUGACCGCCCAAAUUGAAGUAUCUGAUGAAAGUCCUUGCGUGAAGUCCAGGUGCAUGCACCUUUUUGUAGCAGCCCAGGCUUGAAGAAGACGACAUUGGGGUCCCGCAGAGUACAUAACGAAUGUAUUAUUUGUUAUUUUGAAGAGAAUUCACAUGUUCCUUCGUUCAUUUUGAAGAAAUAAAGAACCAAUGCAGAACUAUCCUAUUGUUUCCAUUGAUACAUCUUGUUUAAUUUUUCCCCUUUCUAAACAUUAACUUGCAGUUUGAUUAAUUUCCAUAUAGUUUUACAUUCUUUUAAAGUCAUUUGACUUCGGAUGUUUCAUUGUAUUUUAGAUAGUUGUACACAGAACUGCUCUACAGUGUACUUCAAUUGUUGUUUGGUUUGGGAGUACUUCAGAUAUUUGAACCUUUCUUGAGAAGGUAUUGGAAGAUUAAUUGCAAGUAGUUUUAAUUUUA